AUGGCUGAAGCCCACUCAACCCAAAACAAGGAGAAGGGGAUUCCCGACUGGCGAACAUGCAUUCUUGACUCCGUCCUCGACGCCGUCGGAAGCACCCCAUGUAUCCGGCUGAAUCGUGUGCCGCAGAAGCACGGUGUGACGUGCGAGGUUGUUGCGAAGUGUGAGUUCCUCAACCCAUGUGGCAGCGUCAAGGACCGCAUUGCCCGGCAAAUGGUUCUGGACGCCGAAGCAAGUGGUCGCCUGCGCCCCAACCAGUCCAUUGUCGAGGCGACAAGCGGCAACACCGGUAUCGGGCUUAGCAUGGUGGCGGCGGUGAAGGGGUAUCACAUGGUCAUCACCAUGCCAAAAAAGAUGUCGCACGAAAAAGAGGUGGUGAUUCACUCUCUGGGGGCAGAGGUGAUUCGAACGGAGACGGCACUGCCAUGGGAUCACCCAGAGAGCCUCAUUGGCGUCGCGCGCCGCCUGGAGAAGGAGAAGGGCUACGUGUUGCUGGACCAGUACAAGAACCCAUCCAAUCCGAAGGCGCACUACGAAGGCACAGCCGAAGAGAUUUACAACCAGUGCGGCGGAAAGCUCGACAUGGUGGUUAUCGCCGCCGGAACUGGCGGCACCGUGGCCGGGGUGUCAAAGCGCCUGAAGGAACUCUUGCCCAACAUUAUUGUGGUCGGCGUCGACCCGUACGGGAGCAUUUUGGCCGAUCCUUCCGCCCCAGCCUCGCCAACGCCGUACCUCGUUGAGGGCAUUGGGUACGACUUUGUGCCGGAUGUCUGUGAGCGGCAGUACGUUGACCGCUGGGUGAAGUCCGGCGACAAGGAGAGCUUUGCGCUGGCCUCGGAGCUCCACCGCGAUGAGGCCCUCCUCGUCGGGGGAAGCAGCGGGUCCGCCAUGUGGGGGGUUCUCCAGGCCGCGAAGGAGCUUCGUCCGGACCAGCGCUGCGUGGUGGUGUUCCCCGACGGCAUCCGCAACUACAUGACGAAGUUCCCGGACAGAAAUUGGAUGAUUGAACAGGGCCUGCAGGAGGGCGAGAUAACACGCCCAACGUAUGAGUCGCUUCAGGCUCAGCUAGAAGCAGCAAAGAAAAAGUUGUCGGUGUAUGAAGCAAAAUACAACUCCAGUGUGUAG